GGAAGGACGGCCCGGUUGGAGUAAAAAAAGAUGGCGGCUGUGGGGGUCGGUCGGGACAGCCUAAAGAACUGAAACUGAGGAUUUUUCAACCUUGGAUAAUCCCCAUGGCCAAUUUUUGGGAAGACAAUGAUCCCCUUCUACUCAAGAUUUCAGUUUUUGCUGAAAGUUGGCACUUAUUUCUAAAACACCGAUCCUGCACUGUCAGCAUUGGAUAAUAUGCACAGCACAUAGUCAUUAGUCUAUACUAAAAUUAAGCCUCUUUAUUCAAGGCAGGCCGUUGCUAAGAUUAAACACUAUACACAAUUCUCUUGUAAGUGUGAGAUACAGGAUAGUGAGAACUAUUUUUAUGUGAUGGAGUUGAGACUCGGUGUAUCUUUUUGGAUUGGUUCUCUUGAGGAUUGGGGGAUGUUUAAACUCAAAAGAAUGAGCAUAAAAGAAAAGGCAAAGCUGCGGUUAAGGAAAUUUGACAUUGGAGACAGAUUUUCCUGCCUGCCAUUAGCAAAAGCCUCGGUUCUUAUCCCACUGAUAGUCAAAAAUGAAAAGUUAUGUGUCCUUUUCACUCUUAGAUCAAUGAAGUUGAGAAGAUCUCCAGGAGAAGUUUGUUUUCCAGGAGGUAAAAGUGAUCCAACAGACAGAGAUGAGGUUGCCACAGCUCUUCGAGAAGCUGAGGAAGAAGUGGGUCUCCUUCCUGAACAGACUGAAGUCAUCUGUAGGCUCGUCCCUACGCUAGAUAAAACUAAUUCUGUCGUAACUCCAGUUGUAGCCUUUAUAGAAGAUACUUUCCAAGCCCAUCCAAAUCCAGAAGAAGUCAGUCAUGUAUUCUCAGUACCAUUGGAAUAUUUUAUACGUCCUGCAAAAUACAGUGUUGUGCCUUUACAAAACAUGGGAAAGUCUGUACUUUUGAUUCAUUUCUUUGAAUACAAUGACCCAGAGCAUCAGAUGUCAUUUACAAUAUGGGGACUCACUGCAUAUUUUGCAGUCUUCGUUGCUAUUGCAGUUUAUGGAGAGAAAGCAACAUUUGAAGUUGAAUUUGAUCUUGAUAAUUUGAAUUUUUCAGCUGAGAAAAAAUUAAUAAUGCGGUACAAUAUAAUAAAAAGCAAACUUUGAUAGGUAAAAUUGUUUUUUUUUUCCAAAUAUAAUUGAUGCUGUUUAUGAUCCAUGUCUUAGCUGAAAUAAUUUGGUUAAGUCAUAUUGAAGUAUAUAAUUGCAAGAAUCCAUUUUUGCCAUAUUCAACUGUGAUAUGAUGGUAUUUAAUUAAAAUUUAAAAAUAUAGUGAUCACUUUGUGCCGCAGUCUCCAAUGUUCGGUACUUUAACAUUUUUUUUUUCUCUAAAUCAGAAUGCCAAUAAAGAUCAUUUGCUUGGGCUGCUAAGCCAAACAGAUAUAUAGGAUUGUACUAUCAGGCAUUUUUUCCACAUUUUAUGCAAAUAAAAUUCAGUUUUACUAUAUUAAAAACAAUCCCCUAUGUCUAUAUGCAGAUACCUUUCCAGUUUGAAGCAUUCUUAAAAGGUAGCUGAUGUAAAACUCCACUCUUUUCCCAUAUGUUUUAAUCAGGAAAACUAUGAUGUAUACCCAGAUAUGCCCUUCUUAACUGAUAAAAUACAUGAGGAAUAUAGAAUGGAAAUUGUGAUGAAGACCUGAU